CGGUGCGAUUGAAUGCAGCGAGACCAAGCUUUUCAUAGAACCCAGUGCAAAGAAGGGAGACGAGGGUGAUGAGGAGGGAAUUGAAGGAGAACAAGAAGAAGGGGCGAAUCAACAGCCACAGAUUGGGCUAAAAGAAAUAGACUUGAGGAAUGACACCAGUCGACGGAAGUGCUGAAAUAAUGACCGAGGAUAUCAGGGAAGAGAAUGCAGUAGCAACAAUUUAUGAAAAUAAGAUGGAAGUAUCAUGUUUAUCUUUGGAAAAUACUACAGUCGAGGAGGAAAAGGAAAACGAUAAAGUAAUUGAAGAUCCGAACGAGGCAGAUGAGAAAGAUAUGACAGAGUCGAUGGAAAAGAACCACACAAGCGGGGAGGACAAGGAAGAAGAAUUAAACGAGGAAGGGCCUGAAAACAUAGCGACGUGGAGAAAAGAGAUCAAUAAGCACGAAGUCAGAGAAGAGGAACAUGUUACUUUCUCGAAGGAAGGAGGAAGUGAAACAACAGAGGAUUACGAAGAUGCCUUAGCAGAGAUCGAAGACGAAUACCCGGCGAAUUCCAAGAAACCCGAAGUCAUACAAGAACAAGAAGACAACGACGACGAAGUAGAAGAAUCGGUGAUUGGCGAAGAGGUAAUCAUCCACGAAGGGUGGACUGACAUCGUUAUUGAGCAAAGGGAAGAGAGUGAGGAACCAGAGGAUAUCGCAGAAAACAAUGGGCAAUGGGGCCUGGAGUGGGUCCAGAGGAGGAGGUCCUUCGAGAGCCAGACCUUCAGUGUCGUGGAGGAAGAAGAAGUUGGAGCGGAGAAGAACGAGGAUUCGGAUAUGUCGGCCCCUGCUCAAGAAGGGGAAAGCACAACAGAGGAAGCUGGAUGGACUCUAGUAAAUCUUGAAUCUGAUGACAAGACUGAGGAAAGUGAAACUGAAAGCAUUUUAAAAGAGGAGAGUAAAGAUGAGGUCAUAGCUUACAAAAAUGAAACACAAAGUGAAAGUGAAAUGACGGAUAGCGACGCCACUCAGAACAGGAAAGACGGCACCAUGAGUGGAGUGGCAUCAAACACUGUGAAAGAAUAUACAUCUGAUAGCAGCAAAGUCGAAGAUGAACCAGAGAGUACAGAGAGCACAGGCUAUGUCUCAGCCGAAGAUAGGACAGAGAGCAUUUUGUCUGAGGAACUAGAUAGCAUUAAGCCCAGCAAAGUCAAAUCAACUGCAUUCAGAGAACACCAAACUGUCAGGAUUGGAGGAAUACAGUUCAUCAGGAUUGACGAUGAACCAGAAAGCUCAGGAAGCACCGAUUACACUUCAGCUGAAGAAAGGAUGGGAAGCACAUUUACUGAAGACCAUGAGAGUAGUUCAGACGAAAAAUUCAGAAGAAGCCCAUUGAUUGGACGGCAAGAUGACAGCAUUAUCGAAGAAUCAGAAAGCUAUGCUGAUGAGCCAGAAAGCAGCAUGGCCGACGAACCAGAGAGCAGCAUGGCCGACGAACCAGAAAGCAGUAUGGCUGAAGAACCAGAAAGUAGCAUGGCUGAAGAACCAGAAAGUAGCAUGGCUGAAGAACCAGAAAGUAGCAUAACUGAAGAACCAGAAAGUAGCAUGGCUGAAGAACCAGAAAGUAGCAUGGCUGAAGAACCAGAAAGUAGCAUAGCUGAAGAACCAGAAAGUAGCAUGGCUGAAGAACCAGAAAGUAGCAUAGCUGAAGAACCAGAAAGUAGCAUGGCUGAAGAACCAGAAAGUAGCAUGGCUGAAGAACCAGAAAGUAGUGUGGCUGAAGAACCAGAAAGUAGCAUGGCUGAAGAACCAGAAAGUAGUGUGGCUGAAGAGCCAGAAAGUAUGGAUGAAGAUCCUGAAAGCAACAUGUUUCAGGAAGCAAACACGAGCUUUACCCAAGAAUCAGAAAUUACAGCGAGUGAUGAAUCAAAAAGCUCUGUGUCUGGAAGCAGUUUCGUGCAAGACCACGAAAACAUAGCUAAGACAGAAACAGGCAAAUUCGGAGGAACAGAAUUGAACAUAAUGGAAAAUCGAGAAAUCAGCAAAUAUGGAGAAUUAAACAUUUCCAAAGAAAGAGAUCCAGAAAUGAAUGCAACUGAGAAAGCAGAAAGAGAUAGCAGAUUUGAUGACAAAAACAUCUACACAGGAACAGGUACUGAUGUCAGCACUGGAGAAGAGACAGAAAUUGGAUCAGUUAAAGAAGCUGGAAUAAACACAAUUAAAGAAUCAGUAAACACCCAAAUUGAAGACUCAAAAGAUAACACAAUUGUAGAAUCAAUAAUCACUAAAGCUGAAGAACCGAAAAUCACCUCAGUUGGAAAAACAAUUAGUAUAAUUGAAGAAAUUGAAGAAGUAGAAAUCAGAACAUUCAAAGAACCAAUAAUGAGCAAAACAGAAAGGACAAAUGUCAGCACGGUUAAAGAGCAAGUGAUCAGUAAAGAUAAAGCUCAAGAAGUCUACACAUUUGGAGAACCAGAAGUCACAGAUGAAGGCUCAAAAAUCACCAGAAUUAUAGAAUCACAAGUAAGCAAAAAAGGGUUAGAAGUUAGCAGACAUAAUGAGGAAAAAUCAGAAGUCAAAUUUGAAGAACAAGAAGUUAAUGGAAGUAAAGAAAAAGAUAAUGAGAUAGAUGAACAACUAGAUAUUGGGCGUAGUAGCGAACAAGAACUCGGGUCUGCUGAACAUCCAAAAAUGGGUACUGAAGGAACGAAGCCAGAAAGUGCUUCAGUUGAAGACUCAUACGUUAUUAAAGAGAAAGAAAUCAACACUGUAGUAAACAAAAUUCAAGAAACAGAGAUCAGCACAGUAAAGCAGCUUCAACAAAUAGGAGUAACCUCAAUUGAAAGUCCUGAAAGAACAGAAAUAAGAUCAGCUGAAGAACCUGAAAUCAGGGCUGUUGAUAAAACAGAAAUUAGUGCAGUUAAACAGGAAAUUAUAGCAGAUGAAGAACCAGAAAUUAGAGCAGGUAAAGAACAUAAAGUCAGUGCAACUGAAGACCCACAAACCAGCUUAAUUCAAGAACCACAAAGUGUAAGCACAGAAGAACAAGAAAACAUCUCAAUUGAAAAAACAGUAAUUAGUAAAGCUGAAGAACCAGAACUCAGCACAGUUGAAAAGACAGAAACCAGAGCAGUUGAAGAACCAGAAAUCAGCCCAGCUAAAGAAUUGGAAAUCAGUGUGGAUGAGGUACCAGAGAUUAUGGCAGUUAAAGAACCAGAAAGCAAGGCAGUCAUCACCUCAGAGGAAGAACCAGAAACUAGGGUGGUAGAAGAACCAGCAGUCAGUGCUGUUGAAGAAACCAAGGCGGCUGAAGUUCUAGAAAUUGCAUCAAUAGAAGAACCAGAAAUCAGUGCAGUUGAAGAGCUAGAUAUUAGGACAGAUGGUGGACUAGUACUUAGCUCACUUGAAGAACUGCCAGUCAGGUCAGCUGAACCUCAAACCAGCCAUGCUGAAGAACCAGUGAUCCAGGCAGAUGAAGAGGCAGAGAGAGGUGCUGUUGAAAUUCCAGAAAUAAGUACAGCUGCAGAAUCAGGAAUCACCUCAGUCGAAAAAGCUGCAGAAUCAGGAAUCACCUCAGUCGAAAAAGCAGAAGUGAGAGCUUCUGAAAAAUCAGAAAUCAAGGUCGUUGAAUGUUCAGAAGACACAUCAGUUGAAGAACCAGAAAUUCAAGCAGUUGACAACCAUGAAAUCAGCACAGAUGAACAAUCAGAAAUUAGAGCAGUUGAAGAACUAAAAAUCGGUGCACAUGAAGAACCAGAAAUCAGGGUAGUUGAACCAACAAAUAUAGUUGCUGCUAAAGUACUAGAUGCGAGCGCAGUUAAAGAGCCAGUGACCAAUUCAUCAGACAAACCAGAAAUCAGGGCAGUUGAAGAACAAGAAAUAAGUGCUGUUGAAGUGCAAGAAACCCGUGCAGCCGAAGGACCAGUGAUCCCCUCACCUGAAGAGCCAAAAAUCAUCGCCGUUGCAGAAACCAGCGCAGUUGAAGAACCAGAAGCAAGCGCAGUUGAAGAACCGGAAAUCAGCGCUGCUGCAGAACCAGAAAUCAGCGCAGUUGCAGAACCAGAAAUCAGCGCUGCUGCAGAACCAGAAGCCAGCGCUGCUGCAGAACCAGAAGUCAGCGCAGUUGAAGAACCGGAAGUCAGCGCUGCUGCAAAACCAGAAAUCAGCGCAGUUGAAGAACCAGAAGUCAGCGCAGUUGAAGAACCGGAAGCCAGCGCUGCUGCAGAACCAGAAGUCAGCGCAGUUGAAGAACCGGAAGUCAGCGCUGCUGCAGAACCAGAAAUCAGCGCAGUUACAGAACCAGAAAUCAGCGCUGCUGCAGAACCAGAAAUCAUGCGCAGUUACAGAACCAGAAAUCAGCGCAGUUACAGAACCAGAAAUCAGCGCUGCUGCAGAACCAGAAAUCAGCGCAGUUGAAGAACCAGAAGUCAGCGCUGCUGCAGAACCAGAAACGAGCGCAGUUGCAGAACCAGAAGUCAGCGCAGUUGAAGAACCAGAAAUCAGCGCAGUUGAAGAACCAGAAGUCAGCGCUGCUGCAGAACCAGAAAU